AUGGCAGGGCCGGGGGGCGACGGGGACCUGCGGCGCCUGCUCAAGCUGCACCGCACCGAGAUUGCCAUGGCCGUGGACGACGUGUUCCCGCUGCUGCACGGCCUGGCUGACCACGACGUGGUCCCCGAGCAUAUCUUCAAGGAGACGCUGAGCCGGGCGGAGCGGGAGGGCUCCCAGCGCGCUUUCCAUGCACUGCUCACCUGGCUGCUGGGCCGCGACGCCGCCGCCCUGCACGACUUCUGGGCCGUGCUCUUCAAGGACUACAACCUGGAGCGCUACGCCCGGCUCCGGCCCGUCCGCGGCGCCUUCCCCAGAGAGGCGGAGCUGGGUCGGCAGCGCCGUGGCAGGCGUCUGUCCCCCAGCCCCACGGCACCGGCCCCACACAGACCCCAAGGCAAGAGGAAAGCCCCUGAGGAGCGGGACAAGGCCCGGGCAGCACAGCCCUCCCCACGGCACACCACCAGUCCUGGGCCCCUGGCAAAGGCAAAGACUGUGAAGAAGCCGGAGGGCGCAGAUACCCCCCGCACCCCUCGUGCCGGCGCCCUCCAGGCAGUGGCUGCCUCAGUGCAGAGAGCAGUGGCUGUGGCAGGUGGUGAGGUGCCCAUCAGCCGUGGGGCCAUCGAGGGCAUCCUCAUCAAACACGUGCUGGAGCCAGGCAGCAGAGCUGGGAAUGAGCCAUACACCCAGGCUGCCCGCGACGAGCCGGGGGCCAGGAGCAGAAGCCACAGCCUGAAGCCCCCUGCCCAGCCCAAAGCAUCCCAAAGUAACAGGGAACCCCAGCUGCACCCCCAGGGCCAGCUGCCAGUGCCCACCAUGUACAGCCAGCAGCCUGUGCCCCUCCAGGAGAAUGAGGACGAGUGCGCAGCCUGCGGUGACGGCGGUGAGCUGAUCUGCUGUGAUGGCUGCCCCAGGGCCUUCCACCUCACCUGCCUGGUGCCCCCGCUGCCCCGCGUCCCCAGUGGGACAUGGCGAUGUGGCUCCUGUGUGACGAGUGUGGCUGAGCCGGGGCAGCUGCUGGAGGCAGAUGUGGCUGUGCAGCGACCCCCCGAGAUCGCCGGGGAGGAGGGAUGUGAUACCCGGCUGGGUGGAGCUGAUGGGAGUGUCUGUAGCCGCUGCUUCACCCGGAUCCCCACCCCCCAACACUGUGAGGGACUGAACCUGGUUACUAACCCUGACCAAAAGGAGUGUGAGCUGAGGGCAGGCAGGGGCAGGACAUCUCUCCUCCCACAGGCAGAGGAAGGAGCCCUCAGCAGUGACCCUGUGCUGAGCCGGGAUGAGCUCGAUGCGCUUCUGGGUGAGGGCACGUGGGAUGGGAUCUUGCAGUGGGCAUUCCAGAGCAUGGCACGGCCCCUGGCAGACACACACGGGCUCCUCGCCUAGUGCACACUAUCCCAAUGGCACGACCGACAUCACAGGAGUGCAGAAGCAGCCCCUGGGGCAGCUGUGCCACAGGAGGUACACAGGC